UAUCACCGAGGGAAAUAUUCAAGAAAAGGACACGACCAAUUGGUUAGAAGUUCAUUCUUGAGCAAGCAUUCAUUGAGCUCUACGCCAUGGAGUACUCUAACUACAAAUGGCCGUUUACGAUACUGACGUACCUUAUAUACUCUAUUUCUCUCUAUAGCAGGCUACAGUGUAACUAUGUUUGAAAUUUCUGUUAUGAUAAGUUAUUUACAAAAAUCAGUAUUCCAUUUUUUAACUUCAACUAUCCUUAGUACAGUUCUACGAAGCCGGCUUUUCUAACCCAACAUAAUUACCCUACAAAAAAAGAGCUCUCCUCUCGAUUAUCCUCGAAGCUUAUUCAUUGAAUGCUGGAGGAGAAUAGAUUAUUCAUCCUUUCUGAUUCUUUUACACAAUCCUUGAUAGAGGCACAAGAUGAAGUUUCAUUGAUUGAAAAAUAUUAACCGCGUAAAUGCAAAAGAGAUUGUGCUGUACAAUUGGAUUUUUAUGAACAAGCUGAUAUAACCGAAACAAAUAAAAUACAAUCAGACGCAUUAUUUCGUUUAUUAAUUGCAUUGGAAUAUAAUCAUAGUGAUGCAUUGAGAGUUGCCUAUGCUCCUGAUUCGAUUCGAUCAUUACAAAUGUUAGGUAUUAUUGAUUUACCAUUACCACGUUAUUUAGAAUAUUUAAAAUAUCGAACAACAACAAAUGAUUAG